CUUGACAAUUAGCACACAGUCACCCUGCUCCUGCAUAACCAAACAACUGGAGCCAAGGAACUAUAAAAUGGAGGCAAGAUGGACCAAGAAGAAGAAAAAGCAACGAGGAGAAGAAGCGACGGCUAACGGACAGAAAAAGAAGAGAGAUGGCUCAGAGAAGAACCAGUGGAACCAACCUCUUCAUGACAGUGUUGUGUGUGGUGGCAAUGUGCAGAGCCGUCCCCAUCAACGAACUGCUCGAGCGAGCUUCUCAGCACUCUGACAAACUGCACUCGCUCAGCACGACGCUCACCCAGGAGCUGGACUCUCACUUCCCUCCUAUAGGCAGGGUGAUCAUGCCGCGUCCCGCAAUGUGCCACACCUCCUCUCUACAGACGCCCAUUGACAAGGACCAAGCACUUCAAGUAUCGGAGUCAGAUUUGAUGUCCCUGGCUCGCUCCCUCCUCCAAGCCUGGUCGGACCCUCUCGUACUCCUGUCCUCCUCCGCUAGUGCCCUGCCUCACCCAGCACAAAGCACCAUAUUCAACAAGAUCCAGGAGAUGCAGCAGUACUCCAAAAGUCUCAAGGAUGGCCUGGAUGUACUAUCUAGCAAGAUGGGUUCAUCUGCUCAGGCCAUCACUUCACUGCCCUACCGAGGAGGCACCAACCUCGGCCAGGACAAGAUUACCAAGUUGAUCAACUUCAACUUUCUGCUGUCCUGCCUCCGUCGGGACUCUCACAAGAUUGACAGCUUCCUGAAAGUCCUACGCUGCCGGGCAGCAAAGAUGCAACCAGAGAUGUGCUGA